UAAUUAUAUAUUUGUACAUGAAUUGUGUCCUCGCUUAUAUGUACUGGUCGAUUGGAAAGAGUUUCCAUUAACCUUGAGCUUGCAUUUCAUCUCUGAUUUGUGUAUUCUGUCGAUAGCUUCUCUUUUUCGUCCCCGCAUAAAUGGCUGCGUUUGCACCAAAAACCAUUUUCUUCUGCACGUUUUUGCUUCUUUUACAUACUCUUCCACAAUCAAGAGCCGCACUCGAUGCUCACUAUUAUGAAAAAACAUGUCCUCAAGCUGAGAAAAUCAUAUUUCAGACGGUAUACAAUGCUUCCAUGCAUGACCCUAAAGUCCCAGCUCGUAUCUUGAGGAUGUUCUUCCAUGAUUGCUUUAUAAGGGGCUGUGAUGCAUCUUUGCUGCUUGACUCAACCCCAGGGAACCAAGCAGAGAAAGAUGGCCCUCCCAAUAUUUCAGUCCGAUCAUUCUACGUGAUCGAAGAGGCCAAAGCUAAGCUAGAAGCCGCAUGUCCACAUAUCGUUUCUUGUGCUGAUAUAGUAGGCAUUGCUGCAAGGGAUGUAGUGACCAUGUCUCGAGGCCCCUAUUGGACUGUGCUAAAAGGAAGAAAAGACGGAAGGGUGUCAAGGGCUAACGAGACCAUCAACCUACCAGCUCCGACCUUUAAUGUAAGCCAACUGAUUCAAAGCUUUGCCAAGAGAGGUUUAGGAGUUAAAGAAUUGGUAGCUCUAUCUGGUGGCCACACUCUAGGGUUUUCGCAUUGUUCUUCCUUCGAAGCCCGUCUUCGCAACUUUGAUUCAGUCCAUGAUGUUGACCCCAGCAUGGAUAGUGAGUUUGCUUUAAAGCUGAGAAAGCAAUGCCCUAAACCAAACAGGAAUCACAGCGCCGGGGAGUUGUUGGACUCGACGUCCUCAAUCUUCGACAACGAUUAUUUCAAGCGACUACUAGGAGGAAAGGGCGUAUUUGGAUCGGACCAAGCAUUGUUUGGUGAUUACAGGACUAAAUGGAUUGUGGAAUCGUAUGCCAAAGAUCAAAGUUUGUUCUUUAAAGACUUUGCAGCUUCUAUGGUGAAACUAGGUAAUGUUGGAGUACUUGGGAAUGGAGAAGUAAGAGUGAAUUGCAAAGUGGUAAACUGAGCAGAGAUAAUAAUAACAGCCCAAAGACUUUUUUCUAACAUGUAUGUGCAAUUGCCUAUUCACAAAUCAUAAUGCAGUUUUGAUCUUGUUAUGAGAUUCAAUAAAAAUAAACUUGU